GCGGAGGAAGGCUCCGGCGUAUAUAACAGACCAAUCAUAUCCGUCUGUCAUCUACAACCAUUCUGUCACCUGUAUUUUUAGUCUCCACCACCCAGUACGACUGCCUAGUGCCUACUACGCUUUCUUGGCCUUCUUCCUCCUCCUCCCACAUCAAAACAAUCCUUUUCUUUACCCAAAAGAUUUCGAAUAGAGACCGAGAGAUCGAGAGAGCGAUAAGUGGAUUAUAGAAAGAAACGAGGAGAGAAUUCUGUAUAGCGAAGACAUUGGUGAUGGUGAAGGGUGUGAACACGGCAGCCAUGCAAGCAGAACAACUUAAGCUUGAUGGAAACCUCUAUUUCAAGAAGAACAAAUUGGGUGCUGCCAUCGAAGCUUAUACGGAGGCAAUUACGUUGUGCCCUAGUGUUGCAAUUUACUGGACCAAUCGAGCUUUAUGCCAUCUCAAGCGGAAUGAUUGGGCAAGAGUUGAGGAGGAUUGCCAGAAGGCUGUUCAGCUUGAUCGUAAUUCCGUCAAGGGUCAUUAUAUGCUAGGGCUUGCACUAAUACGAAGGGAAAAAUAUGCUGAAGGAAUAAAAGCAUUGGAAAGGUCUUUGGAUCUUGGAAGAGGAGCAAACCCUAAUAGUUAUAUGGUGGAGGAGAUAUGGCAGGAGCUAGCAAGAGCAAAGUAUCAGGAAUGGGAGCAUGAUUCUACCAAACGAUCCUGGGAUUUGCAAAACCUUAAAGAAAGUUGUGAGAUAGCUCUUAAAGAAAAACAUUUGUGCGAUGUCACUCAAAUGGAAGGCUUUACUGAUGAAGUUACAGAUUCUACUUCAGAACAAUUAGAAGCUCUGAAAUUAGUAUUCAGCAAAGUUGCGGAGGUUGACACACCAAUGGAGAUACCGGACUACCUAUGCUGCAAAAUCACACUUGAUAUUUUCCGUGAUCCUGUCAUUGCUCCUAGUGGUUUUACAUAUGAGAGGGCAGUCAUCCUCGACCAUCUCGAAAAGGUGGGCAAGUUCGAUCCAAUCACGCGGGAAACUCUUCAUCCAUCCCAGUUGGUCCAGAACUUGGCAUUGAAAGAAGCAGUGCAAGCAUUUUUGGAAAAACAUGGUUGGGCUUACAGGAUGGACUGAAAUAUAUGGUGUCGAUUUGUUAUGAUAUAAUCUAUUGUUCUUAGAUCCAUUUUUCCUUCUUUUGCGUUUGCACGAGUAUUUUAUAUAUUGGUGCAAUCAAUCUGUUCCAAUUGUAAUGCCCACCUCCCCAAUUUGUACAGUAUCAUCAUGUAGAUUCUGGACGGUCCUUUUUCUAUGCUAAAAUUGCGAAACAGUUACUUUCAUGAUUGUACGGUUCAUUAGCAAAACUUGCUAUUAUUAA